GAUCAUGGAGUGACUCAAUCGUUGCUUCCCUUAUUUCCACCAGGAGCUUCCAUCGCGGCACGAGCUUUAGGGAGCUGACCGCAUUUGGUAGAAUAGAAGACCUGGUCUGAGCGACGCCUGUCAAUUCUCGACGAGUCUGCGAUCAUGAACUUUGCAAAUUCCGUGAAUAUGUUUCGAAUUUUCCGCGGAGAUUCGCAUCUACGCUGCCCUCGUUCUUUGGCUCGAUUCGUUCGUCUUUUCAGGUUGUGAAGUGCUGACAUCGUUCGGGGAUCCCAGCGUUGUCUCUGGAGUUAAAGUGAAAUUCCAGUCCCAUGGUAGCGCCUGAUUGACAACAAUUCAUAUCGCUUCAACGAGCGCCAAGUAUCGUUUGGGCAUUUCUCUGGAUUUCAUAAGUGGUCGAACUUCUGCAUUGGCAGGAAACACAAGUGCGACCACCGUGGGGGCAAACGAAUUAUCGAUGACUCGAGGAAAGCAGAAAAAGAAUUGCAUUCCAUUUGUGAAGAAUUUCACGAAGGAAGAGGGUCGAUUACAUGGUAGAGGAGGCAAUCGCGGUGGAAAGUCUUCUCUUCAGAUUUUUGAUGACGAGGAGAUUCGAGAAAGUACGUUGGAAGGUGUGGGAGCUACACUUGCCGGAGGAGGAAAGAAGCGUGGGAAGUCUUUCCAGGUCAAAUAUGCAAGGAGAUACGACGAACUUGUACAAUCAGAACCAGUAUAUCAGGCCGAAAUCUCGAAUAUGAUGAGCUUGAGACCGCACUCUGCAAAACGUAAAAGUCAAAAAGGACAGCGGACCGAGUCACAUAUUGAUGCAGUUCGUGAUUCAGCGGCUGUAAAUGAUGAGUCCGAAAGAAAGAAGAAACCUGCACCACGGAAGAAUCACAAAGUGAGGAGAUCUGGAACAGAAACAUACAAUACUACUGUCUACAACUAUAUGGACGGAGAGGUUGGGAAAACCAUACAAGCCGACGAGAAUCAUUCUUCAGAUAUGGAUGCAAAUCCGGAAGUAGUUCUCCCCGGAAAUGAAAAUUGGGCCGAAGUAGUUUUAGAUCGAUGUGGGAGUGUAGGCAAUCCAGUAAUUUCCGAUUCUGCUACUGAACUUCCGACUUGGGGUCUUGGAUAUGUGCAAGAGGAAACAGUAGUAACUAUCAAGGAGGAGAGUGCAGAGAUGUCUAAGGAGACAGUGACUGCUCAAGAGUUGGAUGAACAUAACGUUGAAGCAAUGUCAGACCCUUUACAGGUGUAUGCUAGUCAUGGGAAAGGCCUCGGUCAAUCGAAUAAGACGAGGAAGGGAAGACGUAAUUCUGUUUCUAAAGCAUUAGUGCACGCGAAGCGGUACACGCCUAGGAAAGACGAAGAUAGACGAGGAUUUUUGAGCAUAGGAGGGCUCAAAAUCUACACCAGUGAUAUUUCAGAUAUGAGUGACGAGGAAGGUUCUUGUACAGAUCACAUGGAGGGCUUUGCCGAUGAGGAUGAUGGCGACAUUGGUUGCUCUAGAAAGUUUGAACGGGGAAAGAAAAGAAACAAGGACCUGAUUGCGAAGAAGAAACAUUUAUCUAGUCCUGAUCCUAGGAGAUUUAGUGCUAUCAUGCUGGACUCCUCUGAUGGUGAUGAUAGCCUUGACUCAUACGAUACAGACAUCAGCAAUGAGUUGGUGGAUGACUACUUGGCCAACUGUGAAGGGCUAAGUGCCGAUAUUGAUGACCCAAACUGGGUAAGCAGGAACCAGAAGUCACUUGAGUAUCCCUUUAUUGAUGAGAUGGACAUUCUGGAAGAAGAGAGCGGAAGUUCUGAAGAGCUAGACUUGGACCAAGAAGACAAUGACUCCGAUGCUAGCGAUGCUAGCGGAAGUGAGUUAGAAGAUGACAUAAAGCACCGGUAUGAGGUAACUGCUGGUGUCCAUGGACGACAGGUGAUCAGAAAGAGGCGUGAUGUGGAGAGAUCUCAAGGUGAUUCAGACGUUGAGAUUGAAGAUUUGGAACAGAAGGCAAUCUUUGGCUACGACUCCGAUAGUAGUGGUAGUGGCGAAGAUAAAGAAGAUGCGUUAUUAUCGGACGACGAGGUUCGGAUUCGUGACCUUGAACUGGAUGAUGAGGCUCGUAUCCUCGACUUGGGAAUUCAGGACAAUGCCAGUGCGUCUGCGAAGAGUAACAUGACACCCAAAUAUAAGGCCGUUGGAGGAUUCGUGUCAGGUCGUGUUGAAGAUGUUCAACUUACUAGUUCUGUAGCCACCCAAACGUGGUUUGUGAGCACAGGAAAAUCUUUGAAGAAGACGAAGGGAGUACCAGGUCAAAAGAAGAAGGACCGGCAGGAAACUAUAUCAGCAAAGCGCAGGGAACGGGCAAUCAAUCGAGGGUUCGAUCUGGCUGCUGUGAACAAGGAGUUGGAGGAUAUGGUGAGGCAAAGAAAGGACAUCAUAGCCUUUGCGCCCAUGGAGCAGCGUGAUCGUGCUCAGGUGCGUAGGCUGGCGAGCAUCUACAAACUCAAAAGUGGCAGUCAAGGUACCACCAAGCGGAGGUUUGUUGUUGUUUCAAUUACCAAAAACACUGGUAUGCCCUCUGCGGAGGACAAAGUUCGGCUGCUGAAGCUUCUUGGACAAGCAAGAUCUCAAAACGUGGAGACCACUCCAAGGAGCAGCAGACCGUUAACAGGUGAGGAGCAGCGAAAGGUUUCGAAAAUGAAACGCGCCGCAAGACAAGCUCUCCAAGGUUUGGAGACUCCUGUUAGUAGGAAAGGUAGUAAAAACAGGUACUUCUCGUCUUCCAUGAAGACACCAACCUCGAACCCCAAGGGUCGAUCCGCCGACAAAUCAAGAGGUAGAAACAGCAAAGGCACACCUUCUGGUCAGGGAAGCCAUAUGAAGAGGAGUGACAAGAAAGCUAGUAAAACGGCUAUUGUUUAUGCGACGAACCCAGUGACUUUUAUAGGCAGAGGAGCAGAGGGUGAAGAUGCUUGUAUUACCACGGAAUCGACUAGGAGUUCAACUCCCGCAUCAACCGUGGUAGGAGUAGUCCGAUCUCGAUCAUCCAGGGCAGAUGUUGGUUUCUCUGGUGCCGCAGGUCGUGAAAGCAAUCAUAUCAUGAAGAGUAAUCCCUCGGAGUUUGCUGUUUUCGAGGCACACACAACUGGUUUUGCCUCCAGGAUGAUGGCCAAAAUGGGGUACGUUGAGGGUCAUGGGCUCGGACGAGAAAAGCAAGGUAUAACUCAACCGGUAGAGGCUGUCAAGAGGCCGAAGUCACUGGGUUUGGGUGCACAGUAAGCUGUCCCGGCUGAAUGUGCUGACUGAUCCGAUGUCUUAAAGAGCGGAUUAUGCUGUCGGCUGCGGCAUUCACUGAUCCGUCUACAGACAUCUGUAAUAUAUCAUGAGCUUGCAAGGCGGUUGGUGCUGGGUGGAGUUUUGCAGACGCCUGUCUUCGUCCCAAGUGAGUGGGCGUGGAUCAAGAUAGUUCUCAUAUUGUCUAUCGCACAUCAUUCACGACCAUACCUUCAAGCUAGGGUGACUUAGUCCCUGUAGUUCCUGUGGACAGGGUUCUGUGAUACUUGCACUUACUUCGUCCGCCGAGUCAUAGAGAUGAUUGUUCUGAAGCCAGUGCACAUUCCCUAUGUCGAAGACGUCUGAAGAUCUUAUGUCUUGAGCCAAACUGUAUAUCGUAUGCUCAGUACCCAUGAACGCCAAUUUUAGCGCUGUCUGACAAGUUUUUUGCAAAGCUUGCCAGCGAUUUUUAUUCAGGAGGAUUAGUUGUCUCCAUGUACAUUGACCCAGGCUGGGAUUUGUUAUGAGACAAAUCCAAUUUACUGUAAAUGCUGAUGUUGGUGUAUAAUAGCCUAAUUUCUUCAAUUAUC